ACAAUCGUUUCGUUAAUUUGUCACUAGCCAGUUCAGUCUGUUGGAUAGUUAAAAUUUAUUCACUGAUUUUCUCAAGAUUUUUGUUCGACGUCACCACUUUGAGCGAAAGCUUUCGUGUAAUUAAAUUCACCGCACUCGGUACAUAAUAUAAAUUAACACGUUAUUGGUUUCAUUUCCAGAAUACAGAUAUCAGUAGCAUUUUGCAACUACAGUUCUUACAAUGGGAAUUAUCGCAAGCCGGUCUGGAUUACAUACAACUUCAUACAUGAAAGCAGAUAGCAAGAAGCCGUCCGACCCGGACAACGGUGACGGCACAAUGAGCUUGGAGAAUAAGGCUGAGCUGGUAGCAAAACUCACUCCCAUGCAAUAUCACGUGACCCAGGAAGCAGGAACGGAACGUCCAUUCACGGGAAAGUACAACAAAUGCUACGAUAAAGGUACCUACAUCUGCGUGGUGUGUAGUCAGGAGUUGUUCAGUUCCGACACGAAAUACGACUCCGGUUGCGGUUGGCCGGCCUUCAAUGAUGUUCUGGACAAGGGCAAGGUGACACUACACGCCGACUCUAGCCUAGCCGGCGGCAAUCUCCUAUUAUUAAUCACACAACCAGGACGUAUGCGGACAGAGGUUAGGUGCUCCAAAUGUGGCGCCCACAUGGGCCACGUGUUCGAGGAUGGACCUCCGCCGACACGCAAACGUUACUGCAUCAACUCAGCGUCGAUCGAAUUCAUCCCGGCAGGAACCGUACGUCCGGGGCCAACGGAAUCUAGUUAGAGACCCGGAACUUUUGAAGACCUGAUCUGCUACGAUUUUAUAACAUAGUAAUUGGAUGACGUGCAGAAAUGUGAGACAUUGCGGUUGAUUGAAUAACUAUGUGCCAAGCGGGCACAGUACAAAGCAGCGGUGAAAUGCGCCAUAAAAUACGUGUGAUACUCUAUCAAGCACACCGAAGAUAGCACAACCGCAAUCAAUUAACUCACUUCAGAAGAUAAUUCUUAAAAGAAAGGAACUGGUUACUCAUUGUAUGGCAGUAUAACUCAUCGAUUAUCGCUUAUUUUAUUAUUUAUUUCAAUCAAUAUGAUGACCUCGGCAGGAUAGAAUAAAACAAGUAAUUUAAGUGCUGUACAAUUCCUCUCGUUCCUCAACAUAAAGUACUGGUUUUAUACGCUACAGUUCGAAACUUAAUCAUAAAAAGUUUGUAAUGCCAGUAUGCAUCGCUGCAAAGUAUGUCGAAAUAUAAACUCAUGUCCCGUUAUGUGGUUUAGUACUAAGAAUUUGUUUCACUGAUACACAUAGCAAAGACUAACUGUAGAUAUUGAACCCAAUAAAUUAAUUUGUUACAGCAAUAGGUAGGUACAUAGAAAGAGCAAACAGUAAUGUAUAAGUAACAAGAUGAAACAGAAAAUUCAUAAUGUAAUUACUGUCAAAUAAAUCUCCUAAUUGUACAGGUUUUAA